AUGUCGACUGAGGGAUCUAUCCCGAGGAAGGCAAAAGAGCAAUCUAGUGCCAUUACUUUCUCCGAGAUUGAUCGAAAGUAUCCCUUUUCUCACAACUGCCCGCUUUAUAUGACUGCUUUUAUUAACGAGGUUGAGUUCAAAAGGGCCUUUCUAAACAGUGGAGCCUCUAUCAACAUUAUGACUCGCGCUACUCUAAAGAGCCUCCUAGAGACUUACCAAGUGAAGCAUCACAAAUCCACACCCUACUAUCCAAAAGGGAACGGGCAAGCGGAAGCCACAAACAAGACACUGAUAAGGAUUCUGAGCAAGAUGAUGGAUGAGUUUGGGGGGACUUGGUCCGAACAGUUGAUAGUAACCCUGUGGGCGUAUCGCACUUCGAAGAGAAAGCCAACUCAAGCAACUCCUUACUCCCUUGUGUAUGGGUCCGAGGCAGUGUUACCUAUAGAGUUGGAAACGCCAUCCGCUCGAAUGGCUCUCGCCUCAGGGAUGGUAUUGGAGCCUCGAACCACCAGAUUGGAAGCAUUAGAGGAAAAGCAUGACAGAGCUACAAAAGUCAUGGAAAGGUAUCAUGAGUCCAUCCCCCGAGCCUAUAACCAGACUGUGAUACCAAGGAAGUUUGAAGAAGGUGAUCUAGUAUGGAAGAUUGUAGACCCAAUCAUGCGAGGACAGCCUUUACCCAAGUUUUCUCCAAAAUGGGAAGGGCCCUACAAGGUGGUUCAGGCAAGCUCAAGCGGGUACUACAAACUUGUAAGGGUUGAAGACGGCUUCCGAACUGGCCCGCUCAAUGCAAAGUUUAUCAAGCAUUACUACCCAUAA